CCCAGUCAGCUUCAUUCCGCUUCCGGUUGGCCGGGCGCUUCAGCAAAGUUGUCGCUACUGUGGUCGCGAUGGGCAAGUCAGAUUUCCUUACCCCUAAGGCCAUAGCCAACAGGAUCAAAUCCAAGGGGCUUCAGAAGCUGCGCUGGUAUUGCCAGAUGUGCCAGAAGCAGUGCCGGGACGAGAAUGGCUUCAAGUGCCAUUGUAUGUCCGAAUCUCACCAGAGACAACUACUGUUGGCUUCAGAAAAUCCUCAGCAGUUUAUGGAUUACUUCUCCGAGGAAUUCCGAAAUGACUUUCUAGAACUUCUCAGGAGACGCUUUGGCACUAAGAGAGUCCACAACAACAUCGUGUACAAUGAGUAUAUCAGCCACCGGGAGCACAUCCACAUGAAUGCCACCCAAUGGGAGACUCUGACUGAUUUUACCAAGUGGCUGGGCAGAGAAGGCUUGUGCAAGGUGGAUGAGACGCCGAAGGGCUGGUAUAUUCAGUAUAUCGACAGGGACCCAGAAACUAUCCGCCGGCAACUGGAACUGGAGAAGAAGAAGAAGCAGGACCUUGAUGAUGAAGAGAAGACAGCCAAGUUUAUUGAAGAACAAGUGAGAAGAGGUCUGGAAGGGAAAGAACAGGAGGCUCCUGUUUUUACAGAAUUAAGCAGAGAAAAUGAUGAAGAAAAAGUUACAUUCAAUUUGAAUAAAGGAGCAUGUAGUUCAGCAGCAACAUCAUCCAAAUCAAGCUCCUUGGGACCGAGCGCGUUGAAGACAGUCGGGAAUGCGGCAUCAGUUAAGCGAAAAGAAUCUUCCCAGAGCACAGCUCGAUCAAAAGAAAAGAAAAAAAAGAAAUCAGCACUCGAUGAAAUCAUGGAGAUCGAGGAGGAAAGGAAAAGAAGUACCCGAACAGACUAUUGGCUACAGCCUGAAAUCAUUGUGAAAAUUAUAACCAAAAAACUCGGAGAGAAAUAUCAUAAGAGAAAGGGUGUUGUUAAGGAAGUAAUUGACAAAUACACAGCUGUCGUCAAGAUGAUCGACUCCGGAGACAAGCUGAAACUUGACCAGACCCAUUUAGAAACAGUAAUUCCAGCGCCAGGAAAAAGAAUUCUCGUUUUAAACGGAGGCUACAGAGGAAAUGAAGGUACCUUAGAAUCCAUCAAUGAGAAGACUUUUUCAGCUACCAUAGUCAUUGAAACUGGUUGUUGUAAGAACUACAGAAAAUACACAGGAGGUGUCAGACGGGGAGUCACGCAUCUGUGGCCCCGCCUGGUGUUAAUCUGGCCUGAAGAAUUUCGUUAGGGAGAAUGGGUCUCCCUGGUCAGAACAGGGAAACCAUUCGGAUUGAUAUUUAUGAAAAGCUUUGAAGAUAGGCUACAGGAGUCCCGAAGAUGAUUGGAAGAUAGGGGCCCUGCGACACCCCAGCUGAGAUUUACGGUGACGACCUACUCCUCUCUACAGAAUUACGUUCUGAUCAAUCCCUAGUGGGUUGCAGAAUGCUCCAAAGAAUAAGCAAGCGUAAUACAGGUAACUGUCAGGUUGUUUUCCUUUAUUGCUGAGAGCACAAUACUUUCAGAAACUAAUCAAGAGGUAAACAGUGGAAGAAUCUCUUCCUUUCCACUGAUCCCUAGUAAUUUGGUUCCUUCAUUUGAAAUUCAAAAUGGAGUAUCCAUUUGUAACUCAAAAUUAAUUAUAUAGAGAAGGCAUAUUUCUGGUCUCAAUGGGGACACGUGGACAGCCUUAAUACAAUUUUAGUUGCCUUAUUCAAAACGCCAGCUAUUAAUAAAAGUUUUGAUAAUUGAAUAACAUGGAUUUGACUUUAAAUCUAGUUUUACAGAACUGUGUUGUUCAACAUCCUGCAUAUAAAUAUACAGCCUAAGAUCUUCAUUGUUAUUUUUAGAACUACAGAGCACAUGUAAAAUACUAGGAAUCAAACUAAACAUCUAUCUAAAGAUAGUAGUUUUAAAGUCUAAAUUCUUGCCAAGUAGCAGAGUUAAGUGUAAGAACCUACUUUUGAAGUUUGUGUUACAUAUUAGCAUUUUAAGAUCAGUACUUUUGAAGUAGAAAACAGAAAACAUGGAGUAGACUUUUAAUGUACCAUAGGUACCACAGAUAAAACUAAAAGGCAGUGCCAUUUACCUCUUCAGCACUGAGGUUACCUAUGGAUUCUAGAAAUAUCACAUUUCCUUACUAUUUUACAAUUAGACCAAAAGACAAAAACUUGAUUUUGUAAAUACAGGUUGAGUGCGUAAAAAGAGGCAGUUUUGUGUACUUUCUAAAGUAAAAAUAACUUUUACCAAAUUAUGGAGAGAAAGCUUCAUAAAAAUGGACCUGUAGGGG